AUGGAUAAUAAUUCAGUGACAACUCCAAGAGUGUUAUCAGUGAAGAUGUGGCCACCGAGCAAGAGCACACGCCUGAUGCUCGUGGACCGCAUCACCAACAACUUAACCACUCCUUCCAUCUUCUCCCGCAAGUACGGUCUCCUGACUCCUCCCCAGGCUGAGCACGACGCCAAGCGCAUCGAAGACCUCGCUUUCGCCGCCGCCAACAAGCACUUCCAGAACGAGCCCGACGGUGACGGCACCUCCGCUGUCCAGAUCUACGCCAAGGAAUCAAGCAAACUCAUGCUCGAAGCCAUCAAGCAAGGUCCCCAGGAGGAGGUUCAAUCCACCACGACUGCGGGUGGGGGGAGGGAGGAUAGCUUGUUUGAUUUAUCCGGUGGGCGUAGAGCCUUCAUUGACGAUUCCGAGGCCCGCGACCUUUUGCGCCCUUUGGCUGAUCCUACUAACAACUCUUACACCAAGAUCCGUUUCACCAACAGGAGCUUCGGCUCUGAAGCUGCUAAAGUUGCUGUUAGCGUGUUGUCUUCCAUCAAAGAUCAGCUCACUGAAGUUGAUCUAUCCGAUUUUGUCGCGGGGAGACCAGAGGCGGAAGCUCUUGAAGUCAUGAGCAUGUUUUCAUCUGCCUUGGAAGGUUCCAAGCUUAGGUUUUUGGAUCUUUCCGACAAUGCCUUGGGUGAGAAAGGGAUCCGAGCGUUUGCUUCUCUCUUCAAGUCUCAGCGUGACUUGGAGGAGCUUUAUCUCAUGAAUGACGGCAUCUCCGAGGAUGCUGCGAGAGCGGUUCUCGAGCUGCUUCCUUGUACUGACAAAAUCAAGGUUCUUCAGUUUCAUAACAACAUGACUGGAGACGAAGGAGCGGUUGCUAUUGCGGAGAUUGCGAAGAAUUGUCCGUGUUUGGAGGAUUUCAGGUGUUCUUCUACAAGGAUUGGUUCUGAGGGAGGCGUUGCGCUUGCUGAAGCGCUUGCGUCUUGUAGACACUUGAAGAAGCUUGAUCUUCGUGACAACAUGUUUGGAGUCGAAGGUGGGAUUGCUCUGGCCAAGACUUUAUCAGUGUUGACUGAGUUGACUGAGGUCUAUAUGAGUUACCUUAACUUGGAGGAUGAGGGAGCAGAGGCACUCUCUGAAGCUUUAAUCAAGUCUGCUCCUUCUCUUCGAGUUCUUGAAUUGGCUGGGAAUGAUAUUACUGUGAAAUCCACUGGGAAGUUAGCAGAUUGCAUCGCCGCAAAACAGUGUCUUUGGAAGCUGAAUUUAUCUGAGAAUGAGCUCAAAGACGAAGGGAGUAUCUUAAUAGCAAAGGCGCUUGAUGAAGGUCAUGACCAGCUGGCUGAAGUUGACAUGAGCACCAACAUGAUGAGAAGAGCUGGGGCAAGAGCCUUGGCAGGAAGUGUUUUGAAGAAACAGGCUUUCAAGCUUCUGAACAUUAAUGGAAACUUCAUAUCUGAGGAAGGUGUGGACGAGGUGAAUGACAUGUUUAAGGACUCCCCGGAGAAGCUUGGUCUUUUGGAUGAUAAUGACCCUGAAGGUGAAGAUUUUGAAGAUGAAGAUGAGGAAGGCGAAGAAGAAGAAGACAGUGAACUGGAAGCAAAGCUCGGAGGUCUGAAAAUCAAGCAAGAGGAGGAAUAGGAAGAUGUGGGAUGAAGUGAUGCUCUCUUGUUGCUAUGUAGGUAGGUUUCAGUUUUAUCCAUUUCUCUCUCUGUAAGACUGUCUUCAGUUCUAUUUCCUUGAAACAUAAACCUCUUAUCUUCAAGUAAACUAGUAGUCUUGUUGUUUUUGGUUAUGAAUUUAAAUGGUCUUUUUAGCUGAAA